CUUCCGUCGUGGGUGCAGCUAUUGACGGAUAGCAGCUAUGGGAAACGACGGACGAAGCUGUUGAAAUACUGCUGGAGAAGCUAACGGCUGCUAGCAACUUUGAAACGACGAUCGAAGCUGAACAGCUACUGCCGAUACUAAAAGCUUUGCUUUGACAUCAAGGCAUUGUACCUCUUCUACUGCUCCGGGACCCCCCAACCAGUUCUCUUUUCAGAGGGCAUUCUGAGAACUUUAUCCUGAUCGGCCGACAGGCUGCCUUCUGGAGGUUGGUUUGGCUCCAAGACACCCCCAGCAGGCUGUGCCCCUCAUACCUACAACCACUUUCUGCUGUGGACAUAAGUGUUGUAGGCUUGCAAACACCAUGUCUAAUCCUCCAUAUAACCCGUAUGGGAACCAAAGAAGACCGACAGGGGGAGACUUCCAACAGGUCUCUUCUGUACUGGGGACUGCAUCCAGUCUCGGCUCUCCUGCAGGUCCAUCGCAGACUUCUGACAAGACUUUUCCAUUGCCAGUGCUCAACUAUCGGUCAAUGGAAAGAGCCAGUUUUAAUGAAGAUCUGCAGUGGUCCGUCGACACACAUGUUAGCAGAGCCAGAGAAGAGGUGAGGCUUCAAGGUAAAGCAAUACACCAGCCAUCAGCUCAAGACACUCGCAGGCAAGAGUUCAUCUCAGCGAUUGGAAGGACGAGCUCCUACCAAAACCUCAGCAGAAGUUCUGGCAACGAAAGCAGCACCAGUGGCGGCUCCUUAAACUGUUUGUCCAGCUACAGCCGAGCCACAGCUGACAAAGCCUCUGUUCAUUGUCCAUCGUCAACUCUUGCUGGCUACUCUGUGUUCAAUAUAUCCAGUGAGGGUCAACGAGACUUUCACUCUAUUCCAGGUUUAGAUAUUGACAGGCCAAACAUGGCCCAAACUGGGGCCUCUUAUGAGCGCACUAAGCCUAAAUAUACAUUUGAGUCAGCGACCAACAUUCUUUUGCAAUUUGGACUUGAAAAGGAAGACUUGGAACGUCUUAUCACCUACUCAGAAGACCAAAUCACCCCCGCCAAUUUACCGUUUAUCCUGCGCCAAAUCCGCAUUCAGAAGAACAAAAAGGCCUCGGAUGCAGAUAGGCCCAAAGCAAUUCCUGAACCUGCGCUCACUGGUGGCUCAGGCAGUCUGACCAGUUGGGGUGGUUCAGGAAUGAUUGGGAUGGACCACGGAGAUGCAGCAUCUCUUCUUCUCCAGGCAAGUAAAGUUAUUGACUACGGUCAUACACGCAAAUACACUUGCAGGAUUGGGGAGGAUGCUGCGAGCGUAGCUAAAGGAGCUGAGGAAGACACUUUGUUGAUGAAUCACAAUUUGGAUAGAGGCACUCGCAUUCAAGAGCCGGCACAGCAGGUUGGAAAAAGUGCUUGCCAGGAUCAGGCAAGUGCAGGCUCAUCUUUGAGCUCCAUGCUGACUCAAAAAAGUAAUAUUGCAGUGAUAGCAGCACAGACCCUACCAAUGCAGACCCAAAAAUCCAUGUUCACUACUUUCUCUAAAGACACUGGCAUGCGAGAUAAUCCAUCUCUAGCCCCUAAAGCCAGGCCUUUUAUACAGGCGGCGGCUGACCUCAAGCCUACCUUAAAACCACAACCGCUAUCCACUCAGUUUUGUGAUGUCCAUCCUAGCAGACCUGUCCUCUCUUCAGAUACUGCCAGUUGCACCAGUGAGCAGCCUAAAAGUCAAGGUUCAGCUGGUGCAAAGCAGGUCAAAAACCUUGAAACCGAGCAGCAACAGCAGAAGAAGAAUUUGGAGAAAGCACAGCCAACAAAAAAAGACAAUAAGCACCAACCAGUGCUCCAGAAGCAGCAGGUUCUCAAAGACCAGGCCAAGCAGAAAUUCACGCAGCUACCCUUUCUGUUAAGAAAGCAGAUGUGUACGCCAAUUUCCAUGGCAAAGUCGCCACAUCUUUCCAUGCCGCCUGCGUUAUACAUUCCCAACGUCAGCAUGGCCACGCAGCCUGUGUUCCCCGCGGGUCAAAGCGCCAACAGCAAACCUCAACUCCAGGCUCCCCCAGCGCAGACUGUUGUCUCAAAAGGCGGACCGGCGUUAUCGAUGGUGCAAGACUAUAGUGCAGUAACGCCCAUCGUGUUUCCACACACGUGUGUUCUGUGUAACAAAGAGUGCACGUUCAUUGAGGAUUGGAUCGCUCACCAAAAUACAACCCUUCACCUUGAGAACUGCAAAGUCUUUCGAAAGCGGUUUCCAAAUUGGGAUGGAGAGUUGCUUAGGGUCUCUGAUGAAAAAGGGCAGAAGACGUCCACGUCCACAUCACAGUCUCACCAUAAGAAAAGCCAGCGUAAGAGUCGCUCAUCUUCCUGUUCUCGCAGUCCUCGGUAUCGUCGCAGUUCGAACAACCAGAGAGACAAGAGAAGUGACUCCCGUUCGCCUCACAACUCCAGAUACAGUCGCAGGUCUCGUUCACGCUCCAGAAGCUAUGAUAGGCACCACUCUCUGCCCAGAAGUCAGGAACGGCACUCGUCUUCACCGAAGAAGAGCAGCAAUAGACUGUCGUCUUCCCAUAGAAGCCGGGAUCGGUACUCAUCGCUGAGAAGCCGCGAAAGGAGGUCGUCGACGCCAACCCAGCGCAAUAAACGAUCGUCAUCCAAAAGAUACCGUGAGAGGCGAUCCCCAUCGCAGAGCCGGCGAAGCAAACGGUCGUCACCUAAAAUAGGUCGUGAGAGGCGAUCUUCAUCGCAUAGCCAGCGCAAUAAACGCUCAUCACCCGAAAGAAGCCGCAAGAGGCGAUCCUCAUCGCAGAGCCAGGGAAGCAACAGCUCGUCAACAUCAAGAAGUCGUGAGAGGCAAUCCUCGUCGCCGGGCCAGCGCAAUAAACGCUCAUCACCCUAUAGAAGCCACGAGAGACGUUCUUCCGCCAGAAGGACCCAUGAAGCUAACGCAGAGAUACUUGCCAAAAAGCUUCUGGAAUCAUCAGCUGUCCAGUCUUUGUCAAAGCAAUCCGACAUGGAGGCUGUGGUUAAAACUCUUGCCCCAGCCUUGUUGGCUGAACUGGCCAAAAUGAAGUCACCCCUUUCCAAAGGAGGCACCUCCUCUUCAAAGUCCACUGCAGCCGCAAAGAAAUCCGCUGCCUGCUCCUCAGCAGCAGCCAACAAAAAGGGCGCAAAAGCGACAGCCAGCAUGCAAAAAGAUUCAUCUGCAAAGAAUAAGCCUGGUAAAACCUCUGCUCCAACCUUCGUGACGCUUGAAGGAAUUGUUCCGAAUCUUACUUAUGGUGACAUGGUGGCCACCGCUGAGCAGUACGGGAAAAUCAAAUCACUUGUUCUCAUUCGCGCCAAAUGGCAGGCAGUGGUUUGUUAUGAGAAAAGGGAAGAUGCAGAGAAAUUUCGGGACAUAAAAAACUUUGAACUGAAAGGAUUUCCAAUCACUGUAAUGGAAGAAAAGGGGACUCUCACUAAGAAGAAUCCUCAAAAAAAACCUGACGCCUCAAACAGUGUCGCUACCACUACCACAUCUAAAUCUGCUAGUAUCCCCUCUGCAAAACCUGCUGUACUUUCUGCAAAAAGGUUGGUUUCCAAAGCAAAGGAUGUCUCAUGCAAGCAGGUCACCAAGACGGUGAAAGGAGCUCAGAAGAAAGGUCCAGUAAAAAAAAAGUUAAAAACUACCUUCACUGUUAAGUCAGCUCAAGGGUCAAAGGUUAUUAGAGAAGCACCCAAAUGUGAAGUUCUAAAAAGUGUUGCACCAGGAACUGCCCUUAAAGAAGAGGAGGAGCCAUCCAAAUGUAGAACUGCAGAAAAGCAACACAAUCUUAAGGUCUCGUCUAAGCUGAUUGCCACCAGAGAGCAAAACAUACAACCAAAAGUGGUCGAUGCGGUACCAGCAAGCGUGACCGAACCUCAAAGACACCAGCCCACACAACCGGAAGCAGCCAAUGCUGGACCAGCAAGUGUUACAGAACCUCCAAGAGAUCAGACCACACAACCGAAAGCAGCCAACGUUGGAAUAGCCAGCGUGACCAAACCUCUAAAAGACCAUACCACCACGGCCGAGACCGCAUCACCAGAAGUAGUUGAUGAUAGACGAACAAGAGUGAAAGAACCUCCAAAAGCGCUAACUACACAACCAGAAAUGGCCAAUGUUGCACCAGCAAGCAUGACAGAACCUCUAAGAGACCACACCGCAGAGGCCGAGACCACUCCACCAGAAGCAGCUGAUGUUGGAACGGCAAACUUGGCAUGUUCGCCAGAGCGAGCAGUGGCUCCAAAAUCCGAAUUUACAGAACCAAUGGUAGUGGACACUUUCACAAAGACAGACCCACAACUUGACAAAAGUGUGAAAAACCAGCUGAGUACCGAGCCCCUAGUGGAAUCAGCAGUUCCACCGGCGGCCCCCAAAAGGGAUUUACUAAUUAAUCGGCAAGGUGAAGCUGAUGGGGACGCAAAGCUAACACAAGCACGAGACAAAAAACAAGAACAGAAGCAAGGAGCAACAGCAUCCAAGACUCCACCUAAGGCAACAGUGGUGCAGGAUGUGAUAUCAUCACACAGCGCUGAGGCUGCAGCCACACUCACCAUUGGAGAGAUGAUGGAACAACAUCUGCUUCAAAAAAGAAUCGUAUGCCUCAAAAAGAAAACCUGCUUUUCAGCAAGGUUUCUGUUACUCAACAAGAGGCAGUUGUUGAUCACGCACCUGCCCAUAUAUGAUGGUUCCUACAGUGAGGAAGACAUCGCCCGGUUGUUGGAACCGUUUGGAUUUGAGUAUUCGGACAAGAAAAUCUACGUUAUUCCUCAAACGUGCAUGGCGUUUGUUCAGAUGGAGAGAGAAAAGGAUGUUAUGGCUGCUUUCAUCGCCAGCAGGAACAAAACAUUUGCACUCGAAGGCUGGUGUAAUAAAUUGCAACUGCAUGUGUUGGGUAAAAAUGUCUCCAUGUCGCCGAUUGGUUUUUACGCAUCGCUGAUGGCCAUAAUGAAUUCUCCUGUGAGUGACUUUACGUCGAGAACCAUCUUCAUCAAGAACAUCUCUCCAAGUGAGACUAUCAGCCUCCGGGAAGAUUUAAGGAAGAUAGUCUCUGUCAAAAACUUCCUGCCUCUCCUUAACAAGCUAUUUGUUGAGUUUGAGUCUGAUUGUGAUGCUGAUCGCUUCGGAGUAUGGUACUCUUUGCUGAAUCGGUGUCCUGCCUACCAUGUCCACAGGCUGUGGCGUCCUAAAAUAAAAUGCCCUGCUCCACUACCAAUGCUUCCUGAGAAAGCCAUGCCAGACAGCAGUGUGGCGGUUGCCGGGGCAACUCUUCCUACAUUAGAGUUCAGUGUUCCGGAGGGAAGCUACUCUCCAUUCUUGCUGACCAUACCACAGAAACCCUACCUGUUCCCAACAACGUCUUCCUGGUUUAGUAUCCCAGAGUUUCUGACUAUCAAAGACGAAGCUGACAUUUACGAGGCCGAGCGUCGAGGUGUGACAGCUCCAACGAUCAUGUUGACAGGUUUUAAUGCAAACUAUAGUUACGAUCGUGUGGCCAAGCUGGUGUGGCCAUAUAUUUCCCAGAAGGACCUUCAGUCUAGGUACUACAACGUAAUCGUGCUGCCAACCCAGAGAAGGAGCUUUGUGCAUUUCAGUGAAUGGAGCGCCUGCUGCCGAUUUCUCCACAAUCACUUGAAAACGGAAGUGGGGGACCAAACCAAAAAACUCUCUGUGCACUUUGUCCUGUCACCCAUGUGUCCAGAAAGCAGCGAGGAGAACUUGUACAAAAGUCUGAUGCAGCUGAGCAAUGCUCGCGUUGGACAACUGGAGACGUUGGCCGAGCGCCUGCUUUGUGUGAAUGUCUCCUGGAUCUGCGAGUACAUUGUUAAACUUGUAUUAGAUUUUGUCACAUCUCAUGCAGCUGUUGUCAACUUCUUGCCUCUGGAUAAUCGGAUUUGCAUCGAAAUGGCCGACACUACAGGCGUUAAGUGUGUGGAGGAGAAAUCCAAUGAUUUGUCAACAAAAUUGCGGUGUGAAGUUGAAGGCAUUGAGAGUGUAAAUACCUUGAAAAGGCGUCUGAUGGAUCACAGUGUGAUUACAUUGUGCCCUGAGACGGACAGGAAGAAAGUCAGCUUCCAGGCUGCUGUGUGCUCCACGGUUACUACUGCUCUAUCAGCUGUCCCUGAAAGAACAACAAAGGUGGCACAACAACAAACUAAGACUAAAGAUAACGUUGGGAAAACAGUGGCCCAGGAGGAAAAGAAAAUGACUGCAAAAGUGGAAGAUGGAGCACCGGGAGCCUCGGUGGGUCCUUAUGCUGCUCCCUGCUUUCUAAAAAGAAACAAUGCAGGGGUGGAGUUUACUGAAGACCGCAUUCCUCCUUGGGCACUAUUUUGUGAACCUUUUCAAAUGGAUGACUUUGUUACUGUGGAUGAAGUUGGGGAGGAAAAAGCCAAAACGAGUUCUACUGAGUUCUCCUCCAACCUGACUUCCAAACAAACCAACACCAGAACCACAAGAAGCUCGUCCAAAUGCAGCCCAUCUUCUCACUCAAUGUCUCAAAAGUCAAAGAGCUCCUUUAAGGCUGAAGAGUUAAAGGCUGAAUCUCAGAGAUGUUUGCAGGCUUUGUCUUCUUCUACUUGUAAAAAAGAUAGAAUGAUAACUGUUGCAACCAAGGAAAACUUUCAAGUGUUGGACACCGUGAGCGAUGAAGAGAAACCUUCCUCAGAAGACCAGAGCCUCAAGGAGCUUAAUAUCUCUGGAGAUGGUGCUACUGAGGUCCAAGUAGCUCCAGAGCUGCAUCCCAUCAGCCAGUUUGAAAAUGACACAAAACAAAUGUGCAAGGAAGAGGAGACUUCUCCACAAGUUGACACACCCAGAAAUGUAGAUGAAGCAAACAAAUAUAUUUUCAUGUCUCCUCUAAAAGACAAAGGAGACAAACAGAAGACAAACAAGAAAGAUGAUAAAGAGGUGAUAGCAGAAUCCUGUCAAACAAACAAAAACGACGAUGACAAACACCCUCGAGAUACCUCGGGUGGCCUGCUCUGUAAAGAAGACCCUAUGACUUCACUAGAAGAAGAAGAAGCUGCAUACCAGGUGAUUGAUUCUGUGGAAGAGCAGCCAACUUCCACCAAGAAUAAGGCAGACAGUGAGCGUGGGGUGACUUCUUCAAGUAGAGCAUCCAAGAGAGAACAACACGAGUCUUCAAAAACGCAUCAGGCUAUAGUAAAGGACCCCACCACCUUUGGACCUCCUAAAGCUGAGCAGAAGUACCAGGUUGUUGAUAAUAUCCAAGUUCAACAGUCAAGCAGCAGAUUGACACCAGAUAGAAGGAGGAGGAGCACCCGAGGGAAGACCCAGGGUCCAACCAUAAAGGAUGAGGAGACUACUUUCCACAUCUUAGACUCUGUCGACACUGAGACAGUACAAGAAGAACCCAGCAUCACAACCAGAUCCAGCAGAGGAAAAAGAGGAAGGCCGCCAACGAAAGAUGCCCCGAGUGGGAAAAGAGGUCAUGGAGAAAUGACAUCAACGAGGAAAAGGACGAGAACUUCACAGGAAACCACCAGAAAAGAAACACCAACCAAGAAAACUGAGCCUGUCCUCAAAGACAAACAGAAGAGUCCCCCAGCUACAAGAGGAAGGGGAAGACCUAAGAAAUCAGUCGAAACCACUAAAAGCGAAGAUGACUGCUUAGACGUUUGUGAUGAAGAAGAAGCCACAUUCACGGUCUUGGACUGUGUGGAAGACGAGAUGCUCCAUGAUGAAGGUCCAGCCAAAGAAGAUGGUGGUGAUGAUGAUGAGAAAGAGGGUAAAGAUGAGGCUGUGGGAACAUCACAACAUACUAAGCGCACUCAACCACACCACCAGCCAAGACAUUUGUUUUCUUCCUCUUCAGAAGACAACACAACCUUGUUGACAGUGGAUAAGGUGGGAGAAGUUGUUGACAAAGCAUCCCUGCCCAACUGGAGAAGCACACUGAUCUCUGGUGAGCAUCAUCAGGAUGUUUCCUUAGAAAAGAAGGAACAAGAUGCUUGUGAUGAAGAGGAAGCAGCCACAUUCCAGGUCCGGGAUUCAGUGGAGGAAGAGCCCCUAUGUGAUCACAAUAGUCCUAAGAAGGAUAUGACUGACCACCAACAAGAGGAGGAAGAGUCAAAUAAGAUCAUGGAUUCUUCGAAUGAAGAUCCAGCUGAAAAAAAACCUUUAGAUGGUGAUGAUAAGGAGGACAAAGAUAAGGCUGGAGAAACAUCCUGCCAUGCAAAACACACUCAACACCACCAGACAAGACACCUUCUUUCUUUCUCUUCGAAAGACAACACAAACUUGGUGACGUUGGAUAAGGUGGGAGAGGUUGAUGACGAAGAAGCGUCCCCGCCCAAAUUGAGAGGCAGAUCCAAAAAAAUUAGACUGACUUCUGGUGGGCAUCAUCAUUAUGCUUCCUUAAAACAGAAGGAAGAAUGCACUGGAGAUGAAGAAGAAGCCACAUUCCAGGUCCUAGAUUCUGUAGAGGAAGAGACGCUCUAUGAUCACAAAAGUCCAAAGGAGGACAUGCUUGACAAUCAACAUGAAAUGGAAGGUGAGUAUCGAGUUGUAGAUUGUAUGAAUGAAGAUCCAUUCAAGAAACAGCCUUUAAAUGGUGAUGAUGAUGAGAAAAAGGCCAAAGAUAAAGCUGGGGAAACAUCACAACAUACUAAACGCACUCGACAAAAACGCCAGACAAGACCCCCUUUCUCUUCCUCUUCUGAAGAUGAUACAAGCUUGGUAAAAUUAGAUAAGGUGGGAGAGUUUGAUGAAGAAGCAUCCCUGCCCAACAGAAAAGGAAGAGCCAAAACGAGAAGCAGAAUGACUUCUGGUGAGCAUCGUCGUGAUGUGUCCUUAGAAAAGAAAGAACAAAAUGCUGGUGAUGAAGAAGAGGCCACAUUCCAGGUCCUGGAUUCUGUGGAGGAAGAGACGCUCCAUGAUCACAAUAGUCCAAAGUCCACUGACAACCCACUUGAGCAAGAGUACAACGCUAUGGAUUGUUUAAAUGAAGGUCCUGCUGAAGUAGAGCUUUUAGAUGGUGAUGAAAAGGAGAGUCAAUAUGAAGGUGUGGAAACAUCACAAUGUACUAAGCGCACUCGACAGGGCCGCCAGAAAGAAAAAACAAGCUUAGUCACUCAGGACAAGAUGGGAGAGGUUGAACGGGUAGAGCCUGAUGAAGUAGCCAACUGGAGAGGCAGAGCCAAGAAAAGGAGCAGACUGACCUCUGGUGAGCAUCAUCAUGAUGCUUCCUUAGAAAAAGAACAAAAUGCUGGCGAUGAAGAAGAGGCCACAUUCCAGGUCCUAGAUUCUGUGGAGGACGAGACGCUUCAUGAUCACAAUAGUCCAAAGAAGGAUAUGACUGACAACCAACUUGAGAAGGAAAAGACAAAUAAUAUGGAUUCUUUCAAUGAAGGUUCAGCUGAAGUAGAGCCUUUAGGUGGUGAUGAAAAGGACAUUCAAGAUGAAGAUGUGGAAACAUCACAAUGUACUAAGCGCACUCGUGUAGGACGCCAGAAAAAACACACACGCUUAGUGACUCAGGACAAGGUGGGAGAGGUUGAACAGGCAGAGCCUGAAGAAGUGCCCAAAUGGAAAGGCAGAGCCAAAAAGAGAAGUAGACCGACCUCUGGUGAGCAUCAUCAUGAUGCCUCCUUAGAAAAGAAAGAACAAAAUGCUGUCAAUGAAGAAGAGGCCACAUUCCAGGUCCUUGAUUCUGUAGAGGAUGAGACACUGCAUGAUCACAAUAGUCCAAAGGAGAAUAUGACUGACAACCAACUUGAGAAGGUAGAGACAAGUAAUAUGGAUUCUUUGAAUGAAGGUCCAGCUGAAGUAGAGCCUUUAGAAGGUAAUGAGAAGGAGAUUCAAGAUGAUGUGGAAACAUCACAACCUACUAAGCACACUCGACAAGGACGCCAGAAAAGACACACGAGCUUAGUGACAAAGGACAAGGUGGGAGAGGUUGAACAGGUGGAGCCUGAAGAAGUGCCCCCGCAUAACUGGAGAGGUAGAGCCAAAAAAAACAGACAGACUUCUGGUGAGCAUCAUCAGGAUGUCUUAGAAAAGCAGGAACAAGAUGCUGGUAAUGAAGAAGAGACCACAUUCCAGGUCCUUGAUUCUGUAGAGGAAGAGACGGUCCAUGAUCACAAUAGUCCAAAGGAGGAGGACAUAAAUGACAGCCAACAUGAGGAGAAAGGCACAUCUGGAGUUGUAGAUUGUUUUAAUGAAAAAGUGUGUGGCAGCAUUAAGGAAGAACCUAGUGAGGACAUCAUCUCUGUCAGCACAUGUGGAAAAGUCAAACUGGAAACUGACGAGAAAGAGAAAGACAAGCCCAAACUAAUGCACCCUAACAAAGACAGCAGCGUUUGGAAGCUCGACCAAGUGAGCGAGGAAGAGGAUAAUUUUUCUGACGACAUGGCCGAGGAGGAGGAGCUGAAGAGGCGAGCAAGGGUGCGAGAGCUGAGCCCAGAUGUAGUAGAGGAGAUGGCCGUGGGAACAGAGGAAAGGGAGCCAAGUGAAGGAAGUAAGGAUAAAGAAGAGUUGCUCACUCUGGAUGACAUUUCUGACGGGGAGCUACAAACUCUGGUCACUCUGGAUGAGAUUGUAAUGGAGGAAGAAAAAAAGGUUCAACAAAAGACACACACUCCCCGCCAACAUAGCGAGGACGAUCAAUCAGAGGACUGUCUGAACGAUCAGACUUUGCUGACUUUAGACGGAGCAGGCGGUGAAGAUGAUGAUGACGACGAGGACGACGACAAAAACACAGAGGCCUUUGUGACGCUGGAUCAGGUGGGACAGGUUGAAGAGGCACAGUCGGAAGACAUGACCCCGCCCAGCUGGAAGAGACGCAGACAGAGUCCUGAGGGGAGCACAAACAGAGGGAUGGAAGCGGUCUUAAAAGACCAUCCAGCUACCUCCUCGCCAAGCGUCCACCAGGACAAAGAGAGAGAGGAGGACUUUAGACAGACUACAAUUGGGAGCAAAUGGGAGGCGGACAUUAUUGCUACAGAAACAAAGCGAGCACGUUCUCUGUCUCCAUAUGUUUCAACAAACUUUAAACUGCCAGCGUUUAAACCCAACAACCCUCUCGGUACAGAGUUUGUGGUGCCCAAACUUGGUUAUUUCUGUGAACUUUGCUCCAUUUUCUGCCUAAAAGAGAGCACAGCCAAAGAAAAGCACUGCAGCAGUGAGAAACACUACAACAACCUGAAGAAAUAUCAGCGUGAGCAGAAAUCGAGCGCAUCAACCCAAGGCUCCAUCUCUGACUGAGUUUCGAAAAAGGCCGCCAUUUUGGCGGCUCGGUGGUUUACUGUGAUUGAAAACUUGUUUGUCUUACCUAAUUUACACAGUGAAAUAUCACUUUACACUUUAGCCAGAGAUUUGUCAAAUCAUUAAAAAUGUACUCAAACAGAA